CCUUGCUCCUCCUCCUUCUCCUGGCGUCUCGCACCCCACACACCCACCGCCCAUCCAACAUGACCGUCGCCACCGUGCCAUGCCAUGACUCCCCGACCGGCGCGACCACCGCGCACCGCGCACCGCGCACCACGCACCGCGCAGCACGCACCGCGCACUCAACUCACCCAUCACGCACUCACUCACUUACCUCUUCUCGCCUGCUCCAUCUCUCUUCACUCUAACCUUGACUCGGUCUUGACGACCAGUUCCUAUCCCCACUUUCAUUCUGGCCCAGCCCAUCGCCCGCUGCCCCGCCCACUCGACACCGACGCUUGACGCGUGUGUCCUCUCACAAACAAUAACAAUUUCCUCCUUUGCGAGCCACUCCUCGUGACUCGUGACUCGUGACUUGCACAGCGCACAGAUCCCUUCUCUCGCGACGACCACAUCCACGUCCACAUCCUCACCCACCACGACGACCACGACCGCGGCAGCCUAACGCAGCCAUCUUCAUCGCCAUGCCCAUCAGCCUGCUCCGGAAGCAGCCGCCGCGGCGCAAGCCCGACGAGCCGGUGCCGACGCUCGCGGCCCUCUCCUUCCCCGAGGCCAAGCCGCUCAUCGACGCCGAGUGGGCCUCCCAUGCCCGGGACGCCCCCGCCCCCGCCCACGCACCCACAGCCUACAGGCACAGCUACGUGCCGCAGUACAACAACCUCGCUCCGCGCGCCAUCCCCAUCCCCGGCGCGACGAGUGACAGCGGCCACGGCCCCGGCCACGGCCACGCGGGCUCGGCGCCCGGCCGCUCCCGCGCCGCCUCGCAGAUCAGAGACGCGACUGGCGCCAGCCCGGACUUCCACCGCCCGUUCUCGCCGCACCACAUCGUGCCGGUCCAGCCAAUUUCGCGGCCGGGCACGAUGCGGCGCGCGCGCCAGCGCCGCGCCGCGCCGCUCACGGUGAUUGUCGCGGGGCCCAGCGGGUCGGGCAAGACGUGCCUCAUCGACGCACUCACGCACGUCCUCGACCCGCAGGCGCCGCGGCUCGCGGUGCGCGUCGGGCCGACGACGAGCGUCGUGCGCCACGACAUAAAUGUCGCGGACGAGCGGCGCGGCGCCGUCCUCCUCGACACGCCGGGGCUGCCGCUCCCCGACGAGCUGCGCAAGACGCGGGCGCGCGCCCUCCGCGCCCUCAUCACCAUGGUCGAGGACCGGCUCAGUAGAGUGCUGGCCGAGGAGAGCAAGGUUGUGCGCCGCAAGAGCGAUGGCGGGGAGCUGGUGCAUCUGAUCAUCUACGUCAUGGACGCACGCACGAUCCUGUGUCCCGCCUCGCCGGUCGAGAUCGACUGGGACACAGUGAUGGAGCCGCCCGCGAACAAGGGCCCCACGCGGCCCGAGAGCGAGCUCGAGCCCGAGGCGCCCGGCGUCGCCGCCAAGCUGAGCGCCGACGACAUUGAGGCUAUGCGCCAGUUCUCCGUCCGCGCCAACGUCCUCCCUCUUCUGACGCAUGCGGACGCGCUCACGACCACCGAACUCACGGCCGUACGCGCCGCUGUCCGUCGCGACCUCGCGGCCGUUUUUGGGCGUGACCCCUUGGGGCCAUUCGGCGUCCUUUCUGCUGGGCAAUACGAGGACGACUCGGGCGACGACGCAAGAGACUCCGAGCCCGACACCGACUUCCCGUACGUCGUCUUUGCGCCCGAACCUGGACCAGGCUUCACGCGCGCGUUCCGGUGGGGCCGGGCGGACGCGGCUGAUCCCGCACACUCGGACCUGCCGGCGGUACGGAAUGCGAUCGUCGAUGCAACUGACUGGCUGCGCCAGACGACCCGUGAGGUUGUGUACGAGCGCUUCCGGACUGAACGGCUGUUGAAUGCGCGGGGCCUGCGGACAAAGAUCUAG